CUCGCCCUCACUAAAGAUGGCUGCUAGAAAACUGGUGCAAUGACGCGAUGCCGCCGUCCUGGUUGCCAAGGAGACGCGGAUACCGGAAAUGCGGAAUUCGGGGAGGGCGCACGCCGGGGCUGUGGGCGGGAGGCCGGGCGUCACAGGUCCUGACAGGGAAAAAAGAAGUUGGAGGCAGGUCCUGGCCGGGGAGAGCUGCGGCGGAGGUGGCUCUGUGUGUCCGGUCAUCGCCGGUGAUGGAGUCGCAGGUGGCGGCCUCGGGGGCCGCGGGGGCUGCUGCAGACGCGGGCGAGCGUCCCAGGAUCGGAGGUGCCAGCCAGGGGGCGCCCAAGGGGGCCGCUCGGUGGAAGCUCCUGAGACAGGUUCUGAAGCAGAAACAGCUGGAUGACUGUCUGAAACAUGUGUCUGUGAGAAGAUUUGAAUCAUUUAAUCUAUUCUCGGUCACAGAAAUCAAACAAAAGGAAACAGAGGAAGAGACUGGUGUGUGGGUCCAGUACACAAGCAUCCUUUAUCCCGAAUACAGUAUCUCCUUAAGGUAUAAUAGUGGACCCUUGAAUGUUGGAGAAAUUCUCACAAGCUUCGACAAUACAGGAAAUAUUUGUAUCUGGCCAUCUGAGGAGGCUUUAGCUUACUACUGCCUCAAGCACAGUAAUAUAUUCAGGGACCUUGCUGUGUGUGAGCUCGGGGGUGGCAUGACAUGCUUGGCUGGGCUCAUGGUUGCUAUUUCUGCAGAUGUCAAAGAAGUUCUGUUAACUGAUGGGAAUGAAAAGGCCAUCAGAAAUGUGAACAGCAUCAUCGCAAGCAAUCAGAAGACUGGCGUGUUUAAGGCUCAGAAAGUAUCAAGCUGCGUUUUACGAUGGGAUAAUGAGACAGAUGUCUCUCAACUGGAAGGACAUUUUGACAUUGUUAUGUGCGCUGACUGCCUGUUCGUGGACCAGUACAGAGCCAGCCUUGUUGAUGCAAUAAAGAGAUUACUCCGGCCCACAGGGAAAGCAAUGGUAUUUGCACCACGGCGAGGGAAUACUUUCGACCAGUUUUGCAAUCUAGCUGAAAAAGCUGGUUUCUCUCUCCAAAGACAUGAAAAUUAUGAUGAACACAUUUCAAACUUCCACUCCAAGUUGAAAAAAGAAAACUCGGACAUGUAUGAAGAAAACCUCCAUUACCCCCUUCUGCUUACUUUAACCAAAAUGGGAUAGAAGACAGGGGUGAAAAAAUCAAAUGCACAAGGAAUUAUUUUCCCAAGAAGAGAAAUCUGCCACAGGUCCCCCAGAUUCAGGACUCCACCCACUUUCCACAUUCCACAUCUCAGGCCCGGAACUCGGAACUGGGCACCCCCCCACUCAUCCCCACCCCCCGCCCCGCCCCACCCCACACACACACAGGGCUCCCAAGCUGCCCUCACAGCUCCCUGGCCGUUUCUUACAAUCAGCUUGUUGCUCUUCUAUACCAAACCUUUGUGUGUUCUUAUGUGCCAGCAGCCAGUCCAAGAUCAGAACUGGACUUGUGAGCAACAGAAAUAUUUUCCUCUCUAAAUCACAAUUCUCUCUUUUGAUGGUCCCCCCCCCUCAUUUUUUUAAAUUGUCUUUGUUCUGUUUGGUAAUGGUAGUCUAUAUCUGUAAAUACAGAAACAUCACCCUUCUUUUCUGGUUAAAUAAAUAAAUAUAUAAACCCCA